CUUAUCCAGCUUUGUUGAUAUUGUUUUGUUUUGGUCUGGAACCUGGAUCCUUAUCACAGAAUGGGAAUAAACAAAUGUAAACGUGAUUAAUUCUGACAAUAAGUUAAUCUUCGUCUGAACAUAAAUCCUUGCAGAUACCUAUGAUUUGGGAAGAUACUUUUCCCAAUUUUGAUUCGAAUUAAUGCUUUCAAUAAGAAGCCUAAAAGCCACUUACAAUGUCAUAUGGGUACAAGUGCUUGUUGUGCAAAAAUACCAGGCAUCGGGAUCGAAAUUGUCGUUUGUUCAAAUUUCCCAGCCGUGGCAGUCCGAUGUGGUUACGGUGGUUAGAAGCCUGUGGUCUACAGGAGGCAGAUUUCGUGGAAAAUUCGCGACUUUGUCAUAGGCAUUUCCAAAAGAAAGAUUUUCUCACACGCCGGCUUACGGGAAUGGCCGUACCAUCGGUGUUUCCUCUAACCGUACACACGGAACUCUUCGAUCAACAGGCGCACGCUGACUUUGUAAGUGGAUUAUUGGAAGACAAAGCAGAUGACCAGCGACAGCUAAUUGAAGAGGUUUAUCAACUGGAUGAUAUUUCUGUGUCCGAAGCAGAUGAUUUAAUAGAGUAUAAUGGAAGUAUAAGGAACAGCUUACCCUACGACGGGAAUGAAGCUGCAUUAGAAAUUGAGUUAUUAGCUUCUUCGAAAGAGAAUAAUACCGAAUCAACCGAUGAGGAAUCUUCUGUUUCAGAAAGUUGUAAUGUGAAAGCUCACGAAAACCUGUCGGAGCAGUUACAAAGAGAACGGGAAAAAGUCGAAUUGUUGACUGGAAAACUUUCAGAAAAAGAAAAGGUUAUUGAGGAACAGUAUGAGAUUCUCGAACAGUUGGGAGUUCGGUAUGUUAUCACAAAUGAUGAAUAGAUCUCAGGUUGCGUAAGCGUUUGAUACUAACUAGAUAUAUUUUUGUUGUUAUCGUGUCGAAAUAUCGAAAAAGCUUUCACCGCAAUAGUGUGUUCAAACAGUUAGUACAAAUCGGCCUUUUAAAAAUGUAUGCACCGGCGUAAAAUGAUAAAAAAAAUGAAUGAUUACAUGCAGGCCUAAUUUCCAUUAGCGGCAUCCAAAAACUCAUUUCGCAUCUGCUGUUCGCGAAGACGUAAGCGCACGCAUUUUUGACAUUUCAUGUUGUUCCGUAACUGACAGGUUUGAUGAUUAACUGAAAAGCAUUUAGCACAUGAAACGACAUGGUCAUCAAACGGGAACAGAAUUUCAUCAGAGUUACAAUUUUCGCAGAUGUAGGCUUUACCUGAGCAGAUCUGUUUGGAAAUAAAUUAUAAUCAAUAAAUUUGA